GCGGCACCCGCGGCGCUCGGCGGCCCGGCAGCAUGGGCUGGAGCUGACAGCGCCCGCCCCGCACACGCCGAGCGCUGCCGGCGGGGAAGGGGAAAAGUUGCCGCGGCCGCCCGGGGAAACUUUUCUGCCGCCGAGGCGGGGAAAGGGAGGGGGCGGCGGAGCCGAGCCGAGCCGUCCGGUGCGGUGCGGUCCCUGCGCCGCGCUGCGCUGAGGCGGCGCGGGGGCCAUGCCCGCCGCCAGCCUGCUGCCGCUCUUCGGUAGCGCGGCGGGGCCGGGGGCGCUGGGCGGCCCCGCGGGCGGCGGCGCGGGCGGCGGGGCCAGGAAGGCGGCGGGCCCCGGCGCGUUCCGGCUGACGGAGAAGUUCGUGCUGCUGCUGGUGUUCAGCGCCUUCAUCACCCUCUGCUUCGGGGCCAUCUUCUUCCUGCCCGACUCCUCCAAGCUCCUCAGCGGCGUCUUCUUCCACUCGGCCGCCCUGCAGCCGCCGCCGCCGCCGCCCGGCGGGCAGCCCCGCGCCCCUCCGCAGCCCGGGGGCGGCCCGGCGGCCGGGGCGGCGGCGGCGGCGGCCGCGGGCGGGGCGGGCAGCCUGGAGCGGAUCCGUGCGGACCACGAGCGGGCUCUGCGAGAGGCCAAGGAGACGCUGCAGAAGCUGCCCGAGGAGAUCCGCAGGGACAUCCGCCAGGACAAGGAGAAACUUCUGCAGGACGCCCGCGGCAGGAAGGAGGCGGGCGCCGACGGGCUGCCCCAGCGCCUCUUCCGCCAGCCCGUCGGCGCCGUGGGGCAGGAGCCCGCCGACCCCGCCGUCCGGCAGCGGAGAGCCAAAAUCAAAGAGAUGAUGAAACAUGCCUGGGAUAAUUAUAAGCGUUACGCAUGGGGAUUAAAUGAACUGAAACCCAUAUCUAAGCAAGGACAUUCGAGCAAUUUAUUUGGUAACAUUCAAGGAGCAACUAUAGUGGAUGCCCUUGAUACACUAUACAUCAUGGAAAUGAAAGAGGAAUUCAAGGAAGCCAAGGAGUGGGUUGAAAAAAACUUAGAUUUCAAUGUGAAUGCUGAAAUUUCAGUAUUUGAAGUGAACAUUCGUUUUGUCGGUGGACUGCUUUCAGCUUACUAUCUUUCAGGAGAAGAGGUGUUCCGAAAGAAGGCAGUAGAGCUUGGAGAGAAAUUGCUACCUGCUUUCAACACUCCCACUGGGAUACCUUGGGCAUUACUUAAUAUUAAGAGUGGAAUCGGUCGAAAUUGGCCAUGGGCCUCUGGAGGCAGCAGCAUUUUGGCAGAAUUUGGGACUUUGCAUCUGGAGUUCGUACACUUGAGCCAUCUGUCGGGAAACCCUGUCUUUGCUGAAAAGGUAAUGAACAUUCGCAAAGUUCUAAAUCGACUGGAUAAACCAGAAGGCCUUUACCCCAACUAUCUGAAUCCCAGCAGUGGCCAGUGGGGCCAGCAUCACGUCUCCAUUGGAGGACUUGGGGAUAGCUUUUACGAAUAUUUGCUCAAGGCAUGGCUGAUGUCGGACAAGACAGAUGAAGAAGGCAAGAAAAUGUAUUAUGAUGCUGUUCAGGCCAUAGAGACCCACCUCAUCCGAAAAUCAAGCGGGGGGCUGACAUACAUCGCAGAGUGGAAGGGCGGACUGCUUGAACACAAGAUGGGACAUCUCACCUGUUUUGCUGGCGGCAUGUUUGCUCUAGGAGCAGACGGAGCACCUGACGACAAGACGGGCCACCACAUUGAGCUCGGUGCUGAAAUCGCUAGGACGUGCCACGAAUCCUACGAUCGCACCAGCAUGAAACUGGGACCAGAAGCCUUCAGAUUCGACGGUGGUGUUGAGGCCAUUGCUACAAGACAAAAUGAGAAAUACUACAUCCUACGACCAGAAGUCAUAGAGACCUACAUGUACAUGUGGCGGCUCACUCACGACCCAAAGUACAGGCAGUGGGGAUGGGAAGCUGUAGAGGCACUGGAAAAACACUGCAGAGUAGAUGGUGGCUAUUCUGGCAUUAGAGAUGUUUAUAACAAUCAUGAAAGCCAUGAUGAUGUGCAGCAAAGUUUCUUCCUUUCAGAGACACUCAAGUACUUGUAUUUGCUGUUUUCUGAAGAUGAUCUUCUUCCAUUCGAACACUGGGUCUUCAACACAGAGGCUCAUCCUCUCCCUGUUCUUCACAAAGACGAUGGGAAUAAAGAAGAAAACCAGAAGUAGAUGAAGAUUAAGUUAUGCUUUGUUUCAUUCCUUCUUUCUUUCCAGGACUUGGGCACAUGAUUUGGUUUUAAAUUCCUGAGUUAAUUUUUAAAUCGAGUGUUUUGCAGUCCGUUUUCUUUAAUAGUAAAUAUUUAUGAAUGGACCCAAUCUAAUUAUGAUAAAGCCUCAGUCCUCUAAGCCAGCUGAACCACUUCUUAGAAGAGAAAUGGGACAUCUCUCUACAUUUUAUUAGGUUGCAGUGUCAUAUUGGCCAAAAGGAGCAGAGGGUCUGCAUGUUACUCGUUUCCUCUUAUGCUUUUAAUUUGACUGCAAAAUUCUUUUCUCCUCUGUGAGGAGAUGUCUGCUUUAAGCUGUAAUAUUUUGCCAUGUUGCAAAAAGCCAUAUUGAAUUAAGUAUAAAAAGCUUUUUUCUGUUUUGGUUUUUUUUUUUUUUGUUCUGUGUUAAUUUGUUUUGUGUGUCAUCCAAGACAAAUCUUGUGACUGUGACAGCCUCUUCUUAUGCGGGUCUAUCAUUACUUGGUAAAGUAUCUGAUGUAUUUCAUUGUCAAUGAAGUCUACAUAGGAUUAUUUUCAUCUCAUGCAGACAUGACUCUGAAACUGCAGUAUACGUUGAAGUUAACUAGUUUCUAUGAAUUUAGCACAUUAGUUAGCAGAACUUAGUUUUUCAGGUUUUGAUUAGAAUAUUGUAAUAGAAUAAAUUGCUUCCUCCCUUUCCUAAGUGGUGUUAUUCUCAUGUCUUUAGUCAGGCUACUGUGGAGUAAAAUAAGAUAGUAAUUUCUUAUUAAGAAAGGGAGUCUUAUCUUCUUUAUAUAUUUAGUCCAGUAGCUUUCAUUUGGUUGGAUGGUAAAAAGACAAAAAAAUACUUCAUGACAGUUUUCUGGAAGCUGAGAAUUAUACCAGAGACAAUUUGCUCAGUUUUCUGGGACUUCAGCAAACAUUCAGAUAGGUCAAGACUUGACAGUUUAUUGUCACAAAGCAAUUUACUGUAUCUAUGUGAAUAAGGCUAGAUGUUAAGAUGCCUUGAAGAAAACUUGGCUCCUUAAAAGAUAAUCAUUCAAGAGAGGAAAUUAUCCAGCACAGAACUAAAACUUUCUGAAAGCAGCAAGUGACAGACAUGCAGUAUGUUUAAAAAUAUUCUGUAGAUUAGGGGCCUGGUUUACUAAGAAAGGUAACAGCUUUGUCAAAAAUGUUUUACUUUGUGGCAUCACCAAAGGGGAAAAAAAAAAAAAAAAAAAAAAAAGAGGCACAAUUACUGGUUCUACUUAAGUGUAGUCUGGAGUGGUUUACAUGCUUAUUAAGUCUACCUAAGUUUUCAUUUAGUGACAGGAUGACUUUCAUACACUUUGAGUAAGGUAACAACUCCUGGCUUCCCAUUCUGAGAAAGCACAUUAAUCACUGAUUGGACUGCAACAAAACAAAUACGGUUCUGAACAGUAGCCUUCUUUCAAGGUAUUUAAUAAGAUAGCUCACAUGCCCAGCAUAGCUAACCAGGGCAUUACAGAGUACGUUGUUUCUAUACUGAUAGAGGUCUGCAAUGUAGGUUUUCUUAGGCAGAAGCCAAGAGCAGAGAGAACUAAUUACGUUUUUAUAUAUAUAGCAGCUGGAGGCUGACCCAUAAGCUUUACCCUCUGGAGUCUGUAAAGACAGCACUGCCUCUGCUUUCCCUGCGGACAGGGAAGGUGGCACAGGUCCCAUGAGCUGCCAGCGACAUUCGUGUAGGGGGCAAGGCAAGAGGAGCUCCUGCAGUGCUGAUCCUUCCACUGCAGGCCUGGCAGAGCUCGGAAUUCCUGCAUGGAAUUCCUGGGCCACCCGGCGCUGGGAGAAGGGAGACACGUGAAGGUGCAGCUGCCUCAAGUAAAGGCUGCUUACAUGGAACUGGCACAUUGUCUCAAGACUUUUUGCUUUACUGCUUUUUUUUGGUUUUAUUAUUACCAUUAUUAUGAUGUUGUUUUGUUUUGUUUUGUUUUUUUUUAAAGUAUGUAUUCCCUCAUGUCACAAUAAUGGUUUUCCGAAACUGAACAAACAAGGAUGAAGUCUUGUCUCUGUUGAAAAGCUGCACUCCUGCUGAUUUUGAUACUCCAGAAUUUGUAUCAUUGGAGGACUAUAAUAUUUCAUUGUAUUUCUUCAGAAACAGUAUUUAUAAAACAGCUUCCCUCUCCCCUCCCACUCCGCCCAAGUACCACAGGGAAAGUGUAGCCGUGGAAUAAAAACAAAAAUUCUCUUCCUUCUUUAACCAAAAAAGUAAUAAUAAUUACUUUUGUCUUAGUUAUCUUUAUUGGGUCAUCUGCUGCUGCCUAUCACAUGGUUGUGCAUGUGCUGCUAUAGGCCUCCUAUCAGUUAAAUAACUACAGUAGGUCAGACAAAACAAGCUUUUGAGAAAAGGGUUUUAUAAGCCUCUUUUUACAUGGUUUUCUUAACCACAGUAUGCUUCCCCCAGACAUGUCUAGUGGUCUUGCCUUUACUUAACAAGCUGAAGAGAAACAGUGGAGAACCAGCUAGCUCUUCUCCAUGUUUCAAAAAGCAAGCUACAAACACACAACUUGUAUGCGUUGGGUCUUCUGUACUUAAAUAUAAGCAUCAUGACUGUUUCCUUGUAAUACGGACAUUUAGUAUUAAUAUUUUUUUUUUAAUUUGGGAGUUACAAUGAUUUGAAAGAGCACAAAUUUGAUGUGACUGGUAUUGGUAUUCAGGUUGUAUGUACAAACUGCACUAUACUGUACUUUUUGUAAACUAAUGUAAGUAGACAAGAAGAUUGUACAACGUGUAGAUCUGCCAAUUGUAAGAAAAAGAAACUUUUCAUAGACUGAUGAAUAUAUUGAUUUUUCUUCUUUUUUUUUUUUUUUUUUAAAUAACCCCAAAACACCAAAGUUAGAGCAAUCUUUUUGAAACAGUCAGUACUUACCACUGCUUGUUAGAUUGCUCAGAUGACUUAUGUUUUACUUCUCAUUCACUUAACUAGCUGCAUGGAAGUGGCUAGUGAUGGUCACUUUGUGUUCCCAGUCAUUCAUAAGAACAAAAGAAAUUACGGGGGGGAGGGGGGGAAGGGGAGGGCAUUAACUUCCCAUAAACCCACUGCCUAUACUUUUUCCAUUUCUUUGUAGCAUAAUAAUGCAUUUAAAUCUGCAUAUGUUAAAUCCUAAGAGGUAAAUUACUUUAAAUGGCACCCACAUUGUUUCAUGGGGAAAAAAAAAAAUAAUGUUUUGUUUGUUUGUGAGAUAAGUAUUGCAUAUAUGUUGGUUGUACACAGAUUUUUGCAAUGCCCAAUGGCUCACUGUUUCUAUGGUGACUUCAUCAUACAUAUUACCCAUUUAUAUCAUUCAUUUAAAUUGGUUUUGAUUUGUACAUAGUCCAUGUAAUCUUUCAUCUUUAUAUAAACUGAAAUUAUGGAAUACAUAAUAGAUCAAGAUGCUUAAUUUUUAAGAACUUAUAUUUGUAAAAAUUUCUCUAUUGUGAAUAAAGUCUUUUAAUAUAUCUGUUCAACGGGUUAUAAUUUUUCCUAAGUGUGUUGCAGAAGUAACUACAGGAAUCUGCUGCACAGUCUGUUUUGGCUGCUGUACUCGUGAAUUUUUGUCAGCAGAUUGGUUUGAUACAAUUAGUACUCUGUGUACUUGUUAAGAGACUAUUGUUAAUGUUAGCGUAUAGGAUUGGUACACCACAGAAAUAAAUUUCUAGAAAUUUUUGUCGAUAAAA